AUUUCCACUAAUGACCUCCAGAUAGCGCGACCUCUACUUCCGGGGAUGCGCAUGUUGUAGCCAGCCCUUCAACUUUCCUGUACCUGCAUCUGAUCAGCACAAGAAUCCAUCGCAAGAUGUUCCGCCUGGAAGGACUUGGCCCGAAGUGUGACCCAGAGGAGCUGCGGAAAAAGAUGCGGCAAGACGUGCUGACCUCAGUUCGUAAUUUUCUGAUAUACGUGGCCCUCCUGAAAAUCACUCCAUUUGUCUUGAAGAAACUGGACAGUAUAUGAAAAACUGAACCUGAAGUAUUGCACAGAAGAAGCUUAUUGAAGAGGGGGACCUGACUGGACACUUAUUUUCUAUAAUUUAUGGCGUGAAAAUCAUGAUGAGGAUUGUGCCUUGUUUUCAGUUACCUUUUGUUGUUAAAAGUGGAAAGUGAUAUACACAUAAUGAACAAUAUAUAUUUCACAUCGAUUUUUCUUUAGAGCAGUAGAUUGACUGAGGCUAUCCCAGCUUUUGUUUUGCCUGUGACUAUGUUGAAAAUUUACAUUUUUGUUUUCUGUAUGUUACUGGUUAUUGUGAUGCCUUUUUAAAGAAAAAAAAAACCCUACCUCCACAUGAGCUGUUGUAUAAAAUAAACACUUUUUCCACA